AGUUACUCCUAGGCUUCAACAGAGACAAGAAAACAAACGCGACCGAACUCUUGAGUCUUUACUGAAUUACUCAGUGUCCAAAACAGCGGAGACUACACUCGUAAAGCGAGGGAAUAAGCGAAGCCUUCCUCUUUUUUUGAACUAACGGUUCUACCUUUGGAGAAUUUACGAAGAUGUUCGUAUUAUCUGUUGCUUUUAUCCUCAUUGGGAGCUUGAACCUGGUCCGGUCAAGCUGUCCAUCGGAGUGUCCGGAGUGCCCGUCGGAGUUGCCAAAGUGCGCACCGGGAGUCAGCCUCGUCUCGGACGGCUGCGGCUGCUGCAAGGUCUGCGCCAGACAGCUGAACGAAGACUGUAGCAAGACAGAGCCAUGCGACCACACCAAGGGACUCGAGUGCAACUUCGGGGCCAGCUACGGGGCAACCAGAGGCAUCUGCCGAGCAAAGUCUGAGGGAAGACCCUGCGAGUACAACAGCAGGAUUUACCAAAAUGGCGAAAGCUUCCAACCCAACUGCAAGCACCAGUGCACGUGCAUCGAUGGUGCAGUGGGCUGCGUGCCACUGUGCCCCCAGGAGCUGUCCCUACCCAACCUGGGCUGUGCCAACCCCAGGCUGGUCAAGGUGCCAGGCCAGUGCUGCGAGGAGUGGGUCUGCGAUGACACCAAAGAGAUUAACCCCAUCGACAAGCUCUUUGGGAAGGAUGAUACCACCACCCAGACCACCACUUCUGACGAGUCAGAGAGUGACCUCACCAACAGGAAUGAACUCAUCACCAUCUUCAGGGGUGGACACAAGUCCCUUCCUGCAUUCAGCCCUCCUGCUCAGAGCCACGUGUUUGAGAAGUGCAUAGUGCAGACCACGCCCUGGUCGCAGUGCUCCAAGACCUGUGGCACAGGCAUCUCCACCAGGGUCACCAACGACAACAGCGAAUGCAAGCUGGUCAAGGAGAGCCGCCUCUGCGAAGUUCGCCCCUGCACCCAGUCUCCUUACUCCAGCCUUAAGAAAGGAAAGAAGUGCAACAGGACAAAGAAGUCCACUCAGGCGGUCAAGUUCACCUACGCCGGCUGCUCGAGCCUGAAGAAGUACAGGCCCAAGUACUGUGGCUCCUGCGUUGACGGCCGCUGCUGCAGCCCCCAGCAGACCCGCACCAUCCGCGUCAAGUUCCGCUGCGAGGAUGGAGAGACCUUCAACAAGAACGUCAUGAUGAUCGAGACCUGCAAGUGCACCUUCAACUGCCCCCAUUCCAACGAGGCAUCCUUCCCCUUCUACAGACUCUUCAACGACAUCCACAAGUUCAGAGAUUAAAAAACUGCAAGAGGAAUCACCUUGACAGGAGAAGACGACAAAUCCAGAAACAAUAACAAAAGACUAUUCAGAAACAAUAACAAAAGACUAUCACAUCACACAUAUGAACUAGCCAUGCAUCUACAGUGACGUCAUACAAGCCAGUGACAGUACUUUAUGCAGGAACUUCCAGAAACCAUCCAUCAACCAUCAACCAGUCAUCCACCACCUAUUGCAAUGGGAUUUCUGUGGAACUAUGGACUUGCCUCAUGAGGACUUUGAAGAAGUGCACUGUCUGCUGCGAUUGAGUCAGCGUGUUAUUAGCUUUCGAUUUGAAAGACUUGCUUCAUUUAAGGGAGCAUCAUUCAGUAGCUUCGUUAUGGAGCAACCUGUAAUUAACGGAAACCAUGUACAAUGUAGUUGUCGAUAUCAAUUUGCUGUGUAUAUUAUGAUUCAUAAUUAUGAGGAGAUACGACCCAACCUGUAGACUUGUGUGUGUAUAUAUUUACAUUCGUAUAUAUGCACAUAUGUAACUUAAAAAAUUGUAAAUUGCGAGUUUUAUCCCAGAAACAGACGCCACUGUGUGUUAGUCCAACAAGUCUGUGGGAACAUUCCUUCCAUUUGUGAGCCAUUGUGUUCACAUUGUACGGCAGCUAUUGAAUUCCAACUCCAUUAGUACAUCAAGACGAAAUGAGACAUGUUUAAGAUUGAAUGAAUGUUUUAUUAUUGUUAAUAUUAUUUAUCGAAAAAUGUAGCUACUUUAUUUGGAUAUUGUCAUACUGGAAUAAAUUGUAAAAUGAUCUAAUUUUAUAUGUAACAAAUAAAAAUGAUUUAUUUAUGAAAAAUUGAA